AUGCCUCACGCUCUCAUCAACAAACCUGCCCCUUCGUUGUCUCUGCCAGAUGCGAAGGGCGAAACGUAUACCUUGGCACCCGGGACGAAAGGAGUACCGACUGCGCUGUUCUUCUACCCUGAAUCUGGCUCCUUUGGCUGCACCAAGGAAGCCUGUCAGUUCCGGGAUGCCUUAGCCGAAAAGGAGUUGUACAAGCGCACGAAGGUGGAGAUCGUCGGAAUAAGCAAAGACCCUGUUGAGAAACAGAAGGCGUUCGUGGAGAAGGAGAAGCUGACGUACCCCAUAUUGAGCGAUACAAAUGGAGAGGCACGCAAGGCGUACCAUGUCGGGAAGGGCCUCAUGGGUCUCACGGACGCUCGUGUAACGUUCUUCAUCGACUCCAAAGGUGUCGUUCGAGACGUCUUGGACACAACCGUUAAUUACAAUGCGCACGCGAAGUUCGUGACAAAGUGGCUUGAUAAAGUGGAGGCGGAAGACAGUCAAGCGGCUAAGACUGGCGAGGCUGUUGCCAAUCCCGCCCCCGCGGGUAGCGGCGACACGCCGACGGUGGAUGCCACGGUUCCAGCUGCUGGAGACGCGUAG